AUGCUGCGACAGAUAUCAUCGAUGAAGCGUGCGUUUUCAAGUCGCCGAUGGCUUUCGUCGACACCAGCACCGAAAGUAAAUCCGGCCAUCCUAGCAAACAUAAGAGCGUCCGAUCGAUACAAACCGGGCAAUCGGUACCAUGGUUUCAUCUGCACCCAAGCACAGUUUAUUGCGGAUUUUAACAUGACGGCGUAUAUGUUCCGUCACGAGAAAACUGGCCUCCAAUAUCUGCACAUUGACCGGCAAGAUACGAACAACGUGUUUUCGAUCAAUUUCCGCACAACCCCGUUCGAUUCGACCGGACUGCCGCACAUCUUGGAACAUAAUGUGCUGUGUGGCUCGCAGAAGUUUCCGGUCCGGGAUCCAUUCUUCAAGAUGUUGAAUCGUAGCUUGGCCACGUUCAUGAACGCUAUGACCGGGCCCGAUUACACGCUGUACCCGUUUAGUUCGACGAACGAGAUUGACUAUCGAAAUUUGCAAACUAUCUACAUGGAUGCAGCAUUUCGACCGAAUCUAAAGUAUCUGGACUUUCUGCAGGAAGGUUGGCGGUUGGAGCAUGCCGAACUAACCAACCCACAAUCUGAGUAUGUGUUUAAGGGAGUGGUUUACAACGAGAUGAAAGGUGCGUUCUCAGAAAAUGGGGCCGUUUUUGGGCAGAAAUUCUUCAACAAAAUCCUACCAGACCACACGUACGGGUACGUGUCGGGCGGCGAUCCGCUUGAUAUUCCACAGCUGAACCAUCAGGAUUUGGUAAACUUCCAUCAGAAGUACUACCAUCCAAGCAAUGCGCGCAUUUUCAGCUACGGUUGCUUCAAUCUCGACAAAACGAUGGCUUUUGUGGAUGAACAAUACUUGCGUGAUUACGAUCGAAUCGAUACACGGUACAGUGUGAUACCACCGCAGAAACGAUGGAGCAGUGCGAAGAAAGAUCACGUACGCUGUCGCUACGACAACAUGGGCGCUCCUCUAGAGAAACAGAACCAAAUCGCCAUCGGUUACCUGAUGACGGAUAUAACCGACGUGUACGAGACGUUCCUUAUGCACAUUCUCACUGAACUGUUGGUAAAGGGGCCGAAUUCUUUCUUCUACAAGAACCUCAUCGAACCAAACAUAUCCGGUGGAUACAAUCAAUUAACCGGUUUUGAUUCGCACAUUCGCGACACAAUGUUUGUGGUUGGAUUGCAGGAUCUAGCGGUCGACGACUUUGAGCGUGUUACAACAAUAUUCGACCGCACGGUUGAGGAAGUCAUCGAAAAGGGCUUCGAUCCGGCACACAUUGAAAGUGUACUGCACAGCAUCGAACUGACCAUGAAGCAUCAGACCAGCAAGUUUGGUCUCGGACUGUUGUUUAAUCUAACUCCGCUCUGGAACCAUGAUGGAGAUUUGGUACGUGCGAUGAACGUUAGCGAAUCGGUGCGGAUGCUGCGUGAAAACAUAGCCAACAAUCCGAAGUAUUUGCAGAACAAAGUGGAAUACUAUUUCCGGAAUAAUAAACAUCGGCUUACGAUGACCAUGUCGCCAGACGAACACUAUGAGAAACAGUUUAUGGAUGCGGAACGCAAGAAUCUUCAGCAAAAAAUCACACAACUCAACGAAACGGACAAGGAACGCAUCUAUCGGGAAGGAAUCGAACUGUCGGAAUCACAAAAAGCGCACCCAAAUACGGACAUUCUACCAUGUUUGCGCUUGAACGAAAUCGAAAAAAAGGUCCCCGAAACAAAGGUGGAACAGCAGCUAAUUACAAACGUUCCGACACAGCUUUGUCGCGUGGAUACGAAUGGGGUGGUAUACUUUCGCGGCAUACUGGAUGUGAAUGGGUUAACGACGGAACAAAAGCUAUUACUCCCUCUCUUUAAUACGAUCGUGACACAGUUCGGCACGAAAGGCAUCGAUUAUAGGGCUUUCGAUCAGUUGAUCAGUUCCAAGACGGCUGGCAUCGGAUUCUCUACCCAUUUGGUAGAAAAUGUGCACAAUAUGCAGCAGUACGAGUUUGGGCUGUAUUUCGGUACGUACGCACUAGAUAAGAAUGUGCCGGACAUGUUCGAUAUCUUUCGACGCAUUUUCAACGAACUCGAGCUGAACGACGUUAAACGGUUCGAGAUGUUGCUAGAAAACUAUCUUUCGGAGAUGUCUGUCGGAAUCGCACAAUCGGGGCACAUGUACGCGAUGCAGAAUGCCAACGGUUUGGUGACCGAAUCGGGCCGGCUAAGGGAACGAUUGAUGGGCAUUGAGCAUUUGGCGUUCAUGAAAGAUUUGACACAACGUCACACGGCGGCAGAAAUACUGGAUAAAUGUCGCUCGAUUACGAAACUCUUCGAAGAAUCGGGAAUGCGCUGUGCACUCAACUUUACUCCCACUUCAGCAGAACAAACAGUACAGAACUAUGGUAAGUUCAUUGAUGGCAUUGCUCUUCGCAGCACGGUCAAAGUGUGGAACGUUUCGGAACCGCUAGGAACCGAAUCCGGUUCCUCCUGUCGCCAUACGAUCAUGAACAUUCCGGUUAACUAUUGUGCAAAGUCGAUCCUAACUGUACCCUACACGCACCGCCAUUAUGCACCAUUGAAGGUACUGGCAAAAUACCUUUCGGCCAAAUAUUUGCUACCGGUUGUACGUGAACAAAAUGGAGCUUAUGGUGCGGGUGCCAAAAUUACGUCAGACGGUUUGUUCAAUUUCUUCAGCUACCGGGAUCCCAAUUCCCGCAUCACGCUGGACGUGUUCGAUGAAGCAUAUGAUUGGAAUGUACAAACCGUACCAAAGAUGGACGAACAAACGCUGUUUGAAGCUAAGCUGGGUGUGUUACAGCAACUGGACGUUCCGAUUGCACCGCUAGAGCGUGGCAUGGAUCUGUUCCGGCAAGGUAUCUCCGACGAGCUGUUUGGAAGCCAUCGCGCUGCUGUCCUUGAUGUGAGCAAAGAGCUUCUGCUGGAGGUGAAUGAGCACUAUCUGAAACCCGCUGCCGUUAAGGUGGUCGGAAAAUCGGUACUAGGGCCGGAAAAUAAAACCCUUCCCAAAGAUGCUGAAACGUGGACAACGGUUGCUUUGUAA